GAUGGAUGAAUCAGGAACCUGUGCGGGAUCGGGCUCCAGCUUCACGCUCGCCACUCAACCCGAUCAUGAUGGCCGAAGGUGCAACGCAGGUGUUUGCUGCUAUGGCUACCAAGUAUGCUAUCAGGCUUCUAUCUUCAACAUCGGCGACCUUUCAUGCAGGGGAGAAGAGACGUGCUACGGCAGCAGUGCCUUGUACACGCUGAGCGGCGACAUGUACUGCAGCGAUCAGGCGGGCGACACAACCCCUGAUCCCUCCAACGGACAGACCUGCUAUGCUGCCACCUUCAGGUUCACGGAGAAGGGCAACCACUGCGUUGAAUGCAAGGGAAAGAACGUUUGCCAGGAAGCGAUCCUGGACUUUCCAGUGCCCGAAUCCUUCGCAAGUGUGACCUGCGACGGAGAGAAUGCCUGCAACAGCUCGCAGUGGCUGCUGAGCUCAGACUCCUGUGUGGAAAUCACGUCCUCACCUGGUGCAAAGGCUCCAGCAGGAAUAUACCCUUACCAAGACAGUUCGAACGUACAGUGCUUCUAUACGCCAGGCUUUGCGCCUCUGGAAUGCAAGUUAUGGGACCCCAUGGCAGGAAGCUUUGGAGCUACUUGCACAGUCUCCGAUUACUGCCAGGAAUUGGAUGGUACCAAUGGAUGUGCAUGGCCAGAUGACACAGAGCCUCAAUGCGGCAAGGCAUGCUGCGACAUUUACGAUGAGAACACGUACCAGACCG